CGGAAUUUUUCAAAACGAAGUUGUCAGAAUAUGUUACCUCACAUCUGGGAGUAGGAUUAUUGGUCCCAGCUCACAUGGAAUCAUAAAGCGCAAACUGACAGUCUUACUACCGAUAUCGUUAAAUCAUGCAAGUCAGUAAGCCAGCAGAUGUAAACAACACAACAUUGGAGCUCCAGCAGGACCUGGCCCGCAGCACUCCUACACAAUGUGUCACCUUAACCCACAGUGUGCCCUCCGUACAGAUGUACUAUGCACUGAGGACGAAGCUCAACACAUGUUCUCAGGCAUGGCUUCAGGAGUACCUGGAGCUGAAUGGCUUAGACAGCCUGCUGGACUCGCUUGACCAGAUGACCGGUCGAAGCGGCUUUACCUGCUUCUCUGAUGCUAUUCUGCAGAUAGACUGUAUCUCCUGUAUACGCUCCGUCCUCAACAGCUCCGUGGGCAUGGAGUAUUUCAUCAACAACGACAUCUACACAAAGAAACUUACCAUGGCCUUGAACUGUAGUGACACCUUGCCCAAGAAACAGGUGAUAGAGAUGCUGUCAACAAUCUGUGUGUACAAUAACAUAGGAUAUCUGCGAGUCUUGGAGGGACUGGCUCAUGUUAAGAGUGAGUGUGACCAGCUGCACCGGUUCAGUGUGGUUGUUCGUGAUCUUCAAAAGUCAGAGACAGUGGCAUACAAGACGGCCAUUAUGACCUUUAUCAACACGCUUAUCAACUGUACACCAGACAUCACAGAGAGAAUACGUAUCAGGAAUGAGUUCAUCGGCCUGGACCUGUUGGAGAUGUUAUCCUACAUCCGUAAGGAAGAGCCUGACGAAGACCUGCUGCUACAGCUUGAGGUUUUCCAUGAGAGAAAGAUGAGCGAUGAGGAAGGUGUCACUGCCAACAACAAUAUUGACUUCAACAGUCCACAGGACCUUCUUGACAACAUUCAGGCCAGGGUGUUUGGUACCACAAGGAUGGUGAACUUUGUGAACAUCUUACAGGACCUUCUGGCUGUCGAGACUGUCUAUUCAGAACACAGCUCAAAACUGUGGCAGACAUUGGACGAGCUACUACACCAUGUCGUCCACACGGUGAGUGAGCGUAACCUUGACAACCUUCAGAGUGAGCUCUGUCAGUUACCGGAGCACCUGCAUCUCGGUCUACAGUGUGUGUCUUCUUACCAGGCUACAGUUGACGCAUCGUCUACAGGCUCCAAAAUAGCUUCUGCUGAUAGUACCAAUCCAAAUAUUUUGAGGAAAAUGUUUUCAGGGUCAAAGUUAAAGCAGGCAUCUAAUAGGAAGCCUUUGAAGGAAACAGAUAUUCAUGAGAUGAAGGGUAUAGAUGAUGCUAAUGGUUUAAGUCAAGCAGAUAAGCAUUCCACUGAGAAAAAUAGUGACAUGUUUGUAUCAAAGCUGUGUGUUAAUCUUCAAGGUUACAAUAGCAGCGAAAGUUCUCAGAACAAGACAUUAACUUCCACUGGUAAUAACUCAACGAUGAUGGCCAGAAGUAACAUUCCGUUCAUUGACACCACUACAGGCGACAAGACUGUUGUCCAACCUCCCCAACUGUUUUCACCAUCGGAUCUCACAUUCUUCAGCAAUCAGAUGGAUGGAACCAACUCCCCAGACACCCAUGAGGCUACAAAUAACUGUAGCAAGUCAUUGUCAAAUCAAAGUGCUGAAUCAAACACAUCACCUCAUACAAAUAACUGUAGUAACAGCAUUUCUAGUAAGCUGUCGAAACUAAGUGCAGGGAACCAAACUUCCAAGGUUCCCACACCAGAAAUCAGCAAACCUCAGAUGAACAUCAAUGUUCCCGAGGUUAAGGACUUUGUUUAUGAUCAAAACAAUAAGUUAGGGAAUAUAUGCUUACCGGAAGUAUUAGAAAGUCUUUCAAAUAUGAAAAAAGAGAAACUUGAUUCCUCUAGCUUUUGUAAGGAUUUGCUGACCAGGAAACAGAAUAAUCAGAUAGAACGGCAGAUGUGUCAGGCCCCUGGCAAGCCUCUUUGUACUCUGAAGUGGGUCAUCUUGGAUGAUGAGAGGAUAGCUGGCCGUGAACCAUGUGUGUGGUUACCUCCCCUGAUUGAUGGAGAAAAGAUAACUGUUGACUACAAGAAACUAGAAAACACAUUCCAGGUUAUCUCCCUUAGAGCAACAGAGGCUAUAGAAGAGGUUGUUUUACUGGACGCAAGCACCCGUCUAAAGAUAAACCUGUUCCUGAGUCGGCUGGACUGUGGGGCGGAGGAUCUUGUACACACACUAGAUACGGGCAGCCCCACCCAACUCACACUGCCCAUGGUCCAGUAUCUACACAACAUACUGCCACAACAUGAGGAGAUUGAAAUGUUGCGGCACUAUAUCGGCCCACGACUUGAACUGGGCAUGGCAGAGCAGUUCAUCCUGCUUCUGUCUGACAUCCCGGACUAUACAAUUCUAUUGGACGGCCAUCUGAUGAGGGCGGAGUUUGAUGUGAUGACCCGGAAAGUUAAGGAGGAGCUUACAACGAUGAUUGACAUGGCUAAGCUGGUGUUGGGGAGCAAGGAGAUGAAACAAGUGCUACAUUAUGUGCUUGCUGUGGGCAACUAUCUGAACUAUGGUAAGUUCCACGGGGAUGCAGCUGGCUACAAACUGACCACUCUGUCAAGGCUGGGCGAGGUGCGGGCGUCAUCAGCUGGCAGAACACUGCUGCACCACAUCAUUCAGGUCACCGUUGAGGAGAAUAGAAACAGACUCACAUUUGUGAAACAAGUCAUCGCUCUUGAGAAAGCUACAAGCACGUCCAUGGUGGAUAUGAAGGGAGAUAUCAGCAAGCUGAACGGGAAACUUCGCUACUUUAUGAGUCAUCUUUCCAAAGCCAGCUCGAAACUGCAGGACAAGUUCCAGGCUUUUAUUGAGACUGUGAAGGGUGAGUUUGGGUGUAUCCGUCAGCUGACAACGGAGCUUCACAUCCUCACUGACCAGCUGGCGAACUACUUCUGUGAGGAAGAGGCCACGUUUAACAUGCAGGAGACCUUUCAGGCACUACUCCACUUUUGUAAGCAGCUGAGACAGGCACACAGUGAGGCUCCAGUUAGCAGUAAGACCGAGCUGGCUAUACAAACAAAGAGGUCUACUGAUGUUCUUCAGAAGAAACUCAAGAGUAAACUCAUCUCACUAGAGUUUGGCCAGAAUGCAGGAGCAAGUUCAUCUAUGAUUGAGGGUGGGUGCAACAAGUUGACAGAGCGAAUCCUAAACCAGCUACACAAGGGCAACUUCCAGCCCAGUGUCCGGUCAGAGAUGCCCUCCCCUGAGCCUCCUGGCCCCACCCACCCGCUGGAGAUGAGCUGUAUCCCGUACAUUGGGAGCCCCACCCAGCAGGGCAGACCCAGGCUUGGAACUGGCACAAGUGAUAAUGUGUUCCUGGAUACGCCUGAACUUGUCUGUCCUAGCUAUGGUACAAGUACGGUAGCAAAGUUGACAAGGAGCAGCACACAGAAACUCCGACCCAUAGUUACAACAUGUACUGCCCAGACCAAGUCUACAUCUGCUACUCUUGGUCAGUUCCCACCUUCCCCAAUAACAGGAAACAAAGAGCAUGCUGGGAAGAAGUCAGCUACCCUUCACAGGAAGUUGUUCCCGUUGGAAACUGAAGAGUAUCAAGAAAGGGAAAUAAUUUCAGAAGAAGAGAAACAGAGACAAAAUGCAAAAGUGAAGCGACAGUUGGAACUGCCAAGUAGAAACCCGGGACACAGAAGAAGCAGAAGUGACAUGGUGGACUCAAUGUGUGUAAUGGAUAAAUGGAUUGAGUAUGAGAAAAACAGAGACGUUGAUGCACCUGGGGCGAUACAAGCACCUAUAGCCGAGCCAGAGAGCAUUUGUAACUUGUCCACUCUCAAUCUUGAGAAUAAGGGGAAGUUUAUAUCAAACAAAGAUGUUCAAGCACUGAAAGUAGGCAAUGAUAAGAAUGGGGCUGUGUGUAUGGUAGAGGAUGGUCCUGUGUUGAAAGUGCCCAUUGACAGAUAUGCCAAACAAGAAAAGAAAUCAUCUGUGGGUGGGUUCUUUAGUAAGCUUGGGCGUGCAGUCUUGAAGCCCAGAAAUGUCUAUUCUGAUGGUGAUCAGUAUCAGGAGCCUGCGGGCAAAGGCUUAAAGGAGAGAAAGAAGUCCUUUAGUUCGGACAAGGAAAAUGUGAACAUGGAACCAAUGCCGACUGAGGGGAAUUUCGGGCUGAGGGAUUCAAAGAGGUACAAGUCAGAGGGAAACUCCAACAAGGUUUCAAGGUUUUUCCAGAGAGGUGGGCUGUAUCGCUCAUCUAAGAUGAAGAAAAAGAAUCAAGGUUCAGUAAAAGAGUAGUUUCAAAAAUACCAUACAUAAAAUCAAUAUAUGGUACCUGUUACAAUAAAGUUAACUACGGUAAUGUAUUUAUUGGCUAAGAUUUGAUGCUUGCGAAAUCAGGAGUCUAUGAAAUGUGUUAAUUCAAAUUAUUUCAAUUUUUAUAUUUAUAUUAAUAAUAUUUCUAUAUUUGUGUUAUUUAUGCUGAUCAUAACAUUCCUUAAAAUGAAAUGCAUGUUUCAUUGUGCCGACUAUUUUAUUUUUUUUAAAUAAAGAAAAGCUUGUUAAUAAUUUUGAUUUCAUCCUUCGUGCAUAUAUAUCUUCAUACUGUACGUUUUGGUGUACUUAUUAAGAGUUGGUUUUAAUUAGUCAAAUGUAAAUUAGAAUCUCACGCUAAUUACGUUUUAUAUGACAACUGAUAGUCGAUGCUUACAAACAAUUCAACAUUCCAAUUCUUUAUAUGAAUAGUUUUAACCAUAUUUUGUAUUUGUAUAUAAGGCACUGUUGUGCUUAUUGAUAGAUUGAUGUUUUGAAUUUUAUGGUAUAUUGCAGAAACUGUAUAUGUUGUAAAAGUUGUAUUUUAUUUUCAAUGUUUUCUCUCAGUGCAAUGUUUGAUAUUUCUUUUGAAAAACUAUUGCUUAGUUAGUUGUGUAUUUACUUCUACUACAAAAAUCAAAAGUAGUAUAUCCAAGUCUAAUGUUAGCAUUCAAGCAAUGUUAAUAGAUAAGGGCUUUAGUCAGGAUUUAUAAAAGGACAGGGUGCUGUAAAAGAGGGAUGGGUGCUAAAGGAGAUAGGGGGCAAAUUAUUACGGGCUGUGACUAACUUGAACUGGGUGUCCAUGAUGGCAAGAGGGGUGCUACCAAAAAAAGAACUCUUUAGCUAGUAAGGCUUUUAAGCCUUAAUGAAGUCCCAUUUGGUUGUUAGUAGGCUAAGUGUACACUUGAGAUAUAGGGCCUUUGUUGUAAAUUAUUUUCUGUUGUUUCAUAAAUGUUCAAUGUGUAAAUUUUGAGGAUACAAGUCAAUGGUACAGGUGUUGUUGUUGUUUUCUUGGGGGAACAGGUGCUUUCUUUCAAUCAGGGUAGAUUAGUAUUGCGUAUUUUUCCAUUUUCUUUGGCCUUUUGCCUUCAGAUGUAAUUUACAUUUAUAUUGUUCUUGUAUUGAGCUUGUUAUUAUUGCGAGUCAACUUGUUUACCUUCAUUGUUUAUAAAAAGCUCAAUGUUUCUGUGUAAUGCUUGCCAUGUCCAGAUAGCAAACAUUGAUCAUUGUUAUAAACAAAAUUGAUUGUUUUUCAAAUGAUUUUCCAUAGUGUGGGUUUAUCCAAAAUUGCUUUCCUUCAAAUAAAAUCUUAAAGUAUUGGGUGCACUCUGGAUAUGCCUCAAAUUGUUUUAUGUCAUUUAUGUGUAAUUAUUGGUUGAAAACUGGCAUGAAAUCCAGGGCUUUAUAUGUAUAUGUACCUGUAUGUUGCCUUUACAUUCUUCAUAACUUGACAAUAUGAUCUCUAGAAUGUUCAGCUAAUGUACUUAUUUUUUUGAGCUCAUUUUAGUUGGCUACCUUUCAUUCAUUAAUACGCAAUUUUGUUCGCUUUUUGAAAAAGUCAAGUGAAUUGCUAGUCAAUUUAUUUUCACAGCUUUGGGGUUUAGUUUUCUUUUCAUAAAAACAGCUUUUUGUGUGUUGUGUCUUUUUUAUAGCUUUUUACUUCACUAAAAUCUCAUUGUUAGACUGAGCCUUCAUGUUGGAGUAAAUGUGAUAGUUUGUCAUUUAAGAUUCUAUUUCCUUUAACAAUAGGGGUUCUGAAGUUCAGGAUUGAUCAUAAAAACAGACCUGAGAACUUUUAAUUUCAAACUUUUGUACAGUUGUAAGGAUUGGGUUUUUUUGCUCGAACAUUCCAUCAAAAACAGUACCUUAAAAUGAAUAUAAAUGAUUUUAGAAACAAUAUCAAAUGGGUCUUUAUAAUAGCCAUUUAUCCUGGUUUGGGCAUGAAUCCCAUCUCGAACAGACCCAGCUAUUUUUAUGAUUGACAAUUAUGAGCUGUUAGAACUCCUAAAAUGAACGUCAUCUACAUGUAUCUAGUUGUGUAUUGACAUGUGUUCUUGUUAACUCAUUUCUAAACUAUGUUAUUAAGAAGUAUUUUCUGUCAUAUUUUCAAAUAUUGUAUAACAAAAACACAUUCAUUUUAACUACUAAUGACAACCUCCCAUUGUCAAAACGUUUAAUAGUGGAAAGAUUCAUAAGCAAUUCAAGCAAUUUGUUCAUAUAACAUAUUAUUUUGUUCAUUGACUAAACCUAUAAAAUUUGAGAUACCUUUAAAAUGAUUCCAUUUUACACAUGAACAUGUAUUAUCUCUUUAAUCUUCCAACACUGGUAGCUACAUGUGUUCACUCUUUUGUGCAAUGUUUACAAAUAUCUAUAAAUACGUUGCUUUUACAUUUUAUAAAUUUAAACUUUCAUGGCUAUACAAUGGUUUUACUUUGGGCUAGAAUAAAA